AUCCCUCACAGUGCAGUGUCAUUUCACAGAGUGUCAACCCACCUCUGGAAUUUCAGAGAGGAAGAAGAGGAAGCAAAUUAUGGGACGCAGAGUAGAGCCGCAGCAUUGAAGAGAGUGAGAGAGACAGAGAUUUUUUUUCCCCCCUGGAGGAGACUUUGACUUUGUGCUCUGGAAAUCCAGCGUGCCUUGUGUGAAGCCACGACUAAGACCUGUUCCCUGUCUAAGCAUUUUAAUGAGCGUGAGCCCUCAGGAGGAAUAGUCGGAACUCACAGAAACCAAAGUCAGCCCCGUGGGAAGCAAAGCUCUCUGGCUGCUCACGGUCACAGACAUGCAGCCAUUCACCUUGGUCGGUGCUCUUUUCCUUGUGCUCCACAUCUCCUCUGGUAGUGCAGAAGCCCAUAGGCACUACCGACAAGUCCUCACUGGAAACCAACCAGGUGUAUGUCGCUAUGGCAGGAGGCUGGAGUGUUGCUACGGCUGGAAGAAAAACAGUAAAGGACAGUGUGAGGCUCAGUGUGACCACGGCUGCAAGCACGGAGAGUGUGUUGGCCCCAACAAAUGCAAGUGUUUUCCAGGAUACACCGGAAAGACAUGUAACCAAGAUCUGAAUGAGUGUGGCCUGAAACCUCGACCCUGUGAACAUCGCUGCAUGAACACCUACGGAAGUUACAAGUGCUACUGUCUCAAUGGUUACACCUUAAUGCCUGAUGGAUCUUGUGCAAAUUCCAGGACAUGCUCUAUUGCUCACUGUCAGUAUGGCUGUGAGGAAGUUCAGGGGGAGAUUCGCUGCCUCUGCCCAUCUGCAGGGCUGCAACUGGGGCAAGAUGGAAGGACUUGUGUAGAUAUUGAUGAAUGUGUAACUGGGAAGAACCUCUGCCCGUACAACAGACAAUGUGUAAACACCUUCGGCAGCUACUUGUGCAAGUGCCAGGACGGCUAUGACCUGAAAUAUGUUGACGGCAAAUAUGACUGUGUAGACAGUGAUGAGUGCGCAGCCGGCACCCACAAGUGCAGCCACCACGCUGUCUGUGUGAACACUCAAGGAUCCUACAAGUGCAGGUGCAAGUCUGGCUUCAGAGGCAAUGGCUUUGAAUGCUCUGUCAAGCCGUUUUAUCAGAGGUCGUGGGAUGGAGACAAAGGCAGUGCAGAUGAUUUCCUCAAUGCCAUCCCAGACUCUCAAGUGAGGACCAGGAUUCUGGGAGGUACGCUGGGCAACGAGGACAUCAAAAACGUUAUCCCUGAACCGGUUGUGACACCGCCUCCUAAGCUCCGCGAGCAGCCUUUCGACUAUGAUGGAGAGGUCUAUGUUGGCCCCCAGACUGAGCAGGGACAGGAGGACGCAUUUCCUGAGGAAGAAGAGGAGGAGGAGGAAGAGGAGGAAGAGGAAGACAACCAGCUCAAUCCAAGAGGAGAUGUUUUCAUAUCAGAGGACUUUGAAUCAGUGUUCGGCCCAGCCACAGAAGUCAAAGAAAUCGAAAUUACACCAGUUCAGGAAGAGUUUAUCAUGGAUUGCAACUUUGAUCAGGGAGCAUGUGAGUGGGUCCAAGACAAGGCUGAUGACAUGGACUGGAGCGUAGCCUACCAUAAUGAUGCCGAGUACUACAUGGCCAUGAGUGGGCUUCUAGGGGAGCCAGACGAUAUCGCCAAGCUGAAGUUGCUUCUCAGUGACCGCGCCCAGCAGGGUAGCUUCUGCCUCACCUUUGACUACCGUGUGGUGGGCCAAAAUGUGGGAACGCUCAGGGUGCUGCUGGAUAACAAUGCUUACCCAGUCUGGGAGCAGAGCCGAAGCAGAAACCAGGAGUGGCAGACAGAGCUCCUCACUGUGGCCUGGAAAGAGGAGGCACCAGAAUCUAUCAUCUUUGAAGCUCAGCAUGGGAAAGAUGUCGGAGGAGAGAUUGGGCUGGACAAUGUUGUGCUGACCUCAGGGCCCUGUCAAGAUGAUGUCAGUCCAUUCGUUUAAGAAGAAUCAUCACCCCGGGUUUACAAUUGAAAAUCUGCUCUAACUGAUACAUGUGAAAUAUUGCUGUUUCCUUUCCACAUGGUCUGGAGUUUCUCAAUGUUUCCUCAUGGCUUAGCCACUAGACAUCCACAUAAAGAUACAAAAGCAUGGUCUCAAUGGAAGAUUAUGUGUUAUCAAUGAAUGCAUGUUUACUUAGUACAUCAAUCUGCUCCUAUCUUUAUUUUCAAAAUGGUCUCUCAGCGUACAGAUAACUCAGAUCUCAGGAAUAGGUGGAAAUGCAAACUUUGUGUGUAAGUUAGAUGUAACAGUAUUGUGCUUAGUCAUUUGUUGUGUAUGUGAUUGCUGAAGUUAACUGAAAAAUAAUCUACCACAUGUAAUGUGAAUUCUUAGGGUGAAUUAUAUCUGACAUUCAAUCUUAGAUGAAUAACUUUUUUGAAGGCUGGUUAGUUUAAAUGAUAAAAGGUAACAGUGCAUAAUAGAACUGCUGUAAAUUUUGCUUUCAUGUUAUGUUGUACUAU